UUUGAGACGUCCUCUCUCUCUCUCUCUCAGCAGAGAAAGUCAAAUUCCAUUGGUAGUUCGAGUUCUGGUGAGGUUAUGUGGUGCUACUGGUUCUUCUUUUCCUUUCCAAUUCCCUCUCAUCCUUGUCUUCAGCUCUUCUUCAUCCCAGCGGAUUGAAACGAAUAACUGUGCAAGGUUUUGUCGCUGUUCCUUCUGCUGAGUUUACCUUUCGACAGAAUUUGGGAGGCAAUCGUUCAAGAAAGCUUCAAGAUUGACCCCAUAAAAGCAGAGGAUCCUCAAAAGUCUCAGGCAAUAUUUGGGAGCCAGUCAUGACAACUGAUACAACAGACCCAAGUUAUUGGUUAAACUGGAGGUUCUUCCUUUGUGCACUAUGGCUUUUAGCAGCUAUGGUUGCUUCAGCAAUUAUAGCAUGGAAAUUUGAAGGUUCCAGAAAAUCAAAAGAUAAGAGGAGAGGUAAUUUGCAAGACACAGUGGGAGCUGUCUACAAAGAUGAAGCUUGGAGGACAUCAUUGAAAGUAUUUCGACCUGCUUGGCUACUUGCUUACAGAGUCAUUGCUUUCGGAGUGCUAUUAGGGAUGCUUAUUGCCAAUGUUGUUCUUGAUGGUGGUGGCAUAUUUUACUUCUAUACUCAGUGGACAUUUACUUUGGUGACCAUAUACUUUGGGCUUGCAUCUUUAUUCUCCAUUUAUGGUUGUUGCCAAUGUUGGAAUGAUGUUAGUGGCAAUAGGGAUGAUCUUGUUGCUUUACACACAGAGCAGGGUGAUUAUGUGGAUCCUAUGAUGCUGAAUACAUCCAAAAGCAUGAAUUCCCAUGAAGAAGAACCUUCUGUUCAUAGAACUGCUGGAAGAUGGGGCUAUGCCCUUCAAAUUAUUUAUCAGAUGUGUGCAGGUGCAGUGAUGCUUACUGAUAUGGUCUUUUGGUUCAUAAUUUAUCCAUUUCUCACCUCAGAUACAUACCGAUUGAAGUUUAUGGACGUUACCAUGCAUUCACUUAAUGCUGUUUUCCUCCUUGGUGACGUGAUUCUAAAUAGUUUGAGGUUCCCUUUCUUUCGAAUAGCGUAUUUUAUUUUAUGGACAGCUGUAUUUGUCAUUUUUCAAUGGAUCCUCCAUGCCUGUGUUUCAAUGUGGUGGCCAUAUUCGUUUCUUGACUUAUCAUCUCCAUAUGCUCCUCUCUGGUACUUGGCAGUGGGGAUACUGCAUCUCCCGUGCUACUGCAUCUUCGUUCUAAUAAUAAGGAUGAAGCACUUCUGCUUGUCGAGAUUAUUCCCGGGUACGAGCUGAGAGAACAAAUCAUCUCAUCGAGGCAAAGAAAGAGACAACUCUGCUUUAAUUAAACCAUGCUUCCUGGAAGCACUACUGGAAGCAAAUCAUUCUUUCCUAUUUGUACGGGAUGCAACUUCAUGGUCUUUGGCAUACUGUUUGUUGAUAAGUUCUUCCCUUUUUUUCUUGGUGGCAGUGGCUGCCUGCAUUCUGCUGACUUUUGAGUGAAUGGAUGGAGAGUCAUAGUCGUGGAUGUUGAUGGUCUUUUAGUGUUGUUUGUUAAAUAAAAAGUGAAAAAAAAAAAAAAAAACAAAA